CCUCGAUCACAUCGUCUUUACUUUGACGAUCCCUACAUCUGUACAUUCUGCCUUUAUCUCUAUCUACGAUUCACCCAACGAAAUAUCGAAAUUCACACUUCACUCUAGCAAUCAUGACCGGACUCACAGGAAUGUUCUCCGAACGAUACACCUUUGACGACAUUCCCGAUCAGACGGGCAAGGUCGCCCUCGUCACCGGUGGAAGCGCUGGGAUCGGUGCUCAGAUCGUUCUGGGAUUGGCUCUGAACGGGGCGGAAGUCCACUUCAUCUCGACCACCCCCGCACACGGCGAAGAGACCGAAUCCCACACCAAAUCCGCUCUAACCUCCGCCUCGACCUCUUCGCACGCCUACGCUCAGAGGGCCGCCAAGGGGAAAGUCAUCUACCACCAGCUUGACCUGGGGGACCUCUCCGCCGUCAAGGCUUUCGGGGAAGGGUUCCCGGAGACGAUUGGCGGGAAGGAGAAGGGGUUGGAUCUGGUCGUUUGUAAUGCCGGGAUUGGGGUUGCGGAGUAUGCGAAGACGAAGGAUGGGUUGGCUUGUCACUUCGGCGUCAACCACAUCUCCCACAUGCUCCUCAUCCACACCCUCCUCCCCCUACUAGACUCGACCUCCCAAUUACCUAGGAACGCGGGAAAGAAGGGAGCGGUACGGGUCGUCAUGCAGGCUAGUCAGCAGCAUAAGCUUUGCCCGUCGGACGUCAAGUUUGAGAGCUUUGAGGAGUGUCAGAAGGAUAUCGGAGGGAAUGGCAACUACGCGAGGUCCAAGUUGAUGAACAUCCUCUACGCCAAAGAACUCUCCAUCCGCAAACUCAUCCCUUCGCCCAUCUCCAACCGCAUCCUCACCAUCUCCGUCCACCCAGGCGCAGUCGCCACCGACCAAGAAAAGGCAGCUCAAGAGCCUUAUGGAUUGCUAGGUACCGCGUUGGUGGCGGCCUCGAGGGUGUUCUUCAUGUCCCCCGAACAGGGGUCCGAGAGCGCGCUUUGGGCGGCGACGAGUGGGAAGGUCGAGGGUGACGAGGCGGUGGUCCAAAAGUAUCAGGGAGCGUAUCUGACUCAGCCUAACGAUUCGCUGGGCAACGAGACGAACCAGGCCAAGGAUAUGGAGCUGGCCAAGAGGUUGUGGGAUAUCAGCGUCAACGUCAUCAAGGACAAGGUCGGGGUCGUCAUCGACUACUAGGCGUCUCUGUCCGGUGUCUCCCCACACCCCAUAUUCUAUAUCGACGGCCACCAUUGAUAUGCUACGAUCACAAGCGCCUCAUCGUGUAUGCUCGUCCCUUUUCUCGCUCUAGGCUCUCAACUGUAGUGGCUCGUCUCGUCGUCUUGAAAACAAAUGUGUAGCGAAUAUCGUAAAACAACUUUAUGAUACCCAUUUACGAUCACAGCGAAUACAGUCUCCAUGAUGGUGAUUGGGGAACAAUUGGGGCUCGCUAAACUUGGCA